AACAAGGACAGCACUGUGAUGUAGUCUAGUCCCCUUUAUCGUCGCGCGCAUUGCUUCUUUGCGAGAGAAAAAAGUAAUAUCGCGAAGCCGCACAGUGAGCGCUGCAAGUCGCGCUUUCCGAGCGUCGUAAGGCUUGGCAUCAUCAAUCAACAGCUCGGUCGCCCAAAAGCCCGGGCCUCUCGCAGCUCUCAUUCCGCUAGGCUCAGCUCCGAACUUUUCUACUCCCCCCAUUCCACAUCGUUUUCUGCAUCUCCUACCUUCUCUCUUACCCCCGCAACCGUCCCAGCGAAAGACGCGCCCUCCUGCCUCGGUCCGGCCCCCUAUCGACAGCACAACCCAGAGAUGAGCACGCCCGCAGCACAGGUCGCCGGCGUGCCUGCCGUACCGGAAAAGAAGCCAGUAAAACCUUCAAAUUUACUGCUGGGUGCUGGGUUGAACAUGUUCGAAGUCACCACCUUGGGGCAACCCCUCGAAGUGACGAAGACGACAAUGGCGGCGAAUAGGUCCGACGGCUUUGCCGGGGCUAUAGGGCGCAUCUGGAGCCGCGGUGGUGUUCUUGGAUUCUACCAGGGUCUCAUUCCGUGGGCCUGGAUCGAAGCCUCCACCAAGGGCGCUGUCCUCCUGUUCGUCGCUUCCGAAGCCGAAUACCACGCUCGAGUUUUCGGCGCCCCCAAUUUCGUAGCUGGCAUCACGGGCGGCAUGGUUGGUGGUCUUGCGCAGGCCUAUGCUACCAUGGGCUUCUGUACCUGCAUGAAGACAGUCGAGAUCACAAAACACAAGGUCGCGGCGGCGGGCAUGAAGCCUCCGGGCACUAUAGAGACAUUCAUGGACAUCUGGCGUAGGGAGGGCAUUCGCGGUAUCAACCGGGGAGUGAACGCUGUUGCCGUCCGCCAGGUCACGAACUGGGGAUCGCGGUUCGGCCUCUCACGUGUUGCGGAGACUGGCAUCAGAAAGGUCACCGGAAAGGAGCAGGGUGAGAAGCUGGGCGUUAUGGAGAAGAUUCUCGCGUCUGCGCUCGGUGGCGGCUUGAGUGCUUGGAACCAGCCUAUCGAGGUCAUCCGUGUCGAGAUGCAGUCGAAAACCGUCGAUCCGAACCGUCCGAAGAACUUGACCGUGGGCAAGGCGGCGAAGUACAUCUAUUCGAACAAUGGGUUGAAGGGUCUGUACCGUGGCGUUACUCCUAGAAUCGGUCUUGGCGUUUGGCAGACGAUUUGCAUGGUUGCUUUGGGAGAUGUUGCCAAGGAAGCAGUCGAGAAGCUUACUGGCGACAAGGUUACGGCUAAGCACUAGACGGCGUUGGUUGGUAUAUGAUGGGUUCUUAUCGGGUCGGCUACUGU